AGGGCAGCCGACAAGUCUCCAACAAGCUUCACGAGGCGACUCUCCAAGCGCCACAACAUGAAGAAUCGUCGAACCUGAUGGCUUUAGAUUGAUGCCGUAUUCUCCUUCAAAUUUCCUCUCGAUCUUGGUCUUCCUUUUUCAUUACAGCUUCCAACACAUAUCACUAGAAGCUUGAUCAUUUACGAUUGCAACCAUUUCAACGUAAUACUUCAAGAUAGUGCAGCCAUCCAUGCAACAAAUGCCUGUACCGACCUGCAUUCGCGAAGUGCUCAAUUCCUAUUCACCUCUGUGCUGAUUCUCGGAAUCGUCAACCUUCUGAGGAGUGCACAAAUAUACAUACUCGAAAACCAUCAAGGUGGGAGAUAAAUAGGUCUACCCGGACACUAUGCCGCCUCCCAAGUCAUUAGCCGAGCUAUGCCUCGAAGCUUGUCAGAAGCAUAUAAGCCAGCUAACAAGCUUUGGCGAUGGCGACUUUCUGCUACCUCCGCAUUAUGUUCGCGAUUUGCUUUCGAGGAUAUGGGAUCCUGCUCAAUUACGCACAAUCGAGAUCAACUCUCCACAGGUUGCCACUACUGAAGCCUGGCAGCGCCUGAUUGCAAAGGAAUUUCCAGUCGAAAGUCGGGACAAAAACUACUUCCCCAAAAACCCGACCAAGUGGUACAAGAUUUACGAGAAAUAUACAAUGGAGCGUCAACUUUCUCGGCAAGAGGCCGAGGACCAAUUGCGCCGCCAAUUCCAGGGUCUUCAAGAUAAGAAAGAAUCUCGUGUCAGCAGGCUUGUCGACGACCCAAAGUUUUUGCCGCGACCUCCAAAGACCGGCCGGACCUUUGGGACAAGUGCGCGUCCUAGCGGGAGAGAUGCGCCAAGCACCCUCCGUUUUGGCGGUGGUACUCGCACCAAGAUGAAUACUGGCGCCGGCGUGCUACGUAAGGCUCGUCGACAGGCUGCAGAACAUCACCUCAAGCUUGGGGGCGUUUUAGCCAGACCAGUGAGCAGGGCCCCGACAGGCACAGUCAUAAGAGCCCCUGUCGGCAUGGUCAACGCUCAUCGAAUCGCCGCUCAACCAGCAUUUAGAGCCCGUUCUUCACUUCAGCAGAACGCGGCCGACAUUCGGGAAUCCAGCAGGCCCAACCCAAAGGCCAAUUAUAUCUCGGAUUCAUCAGAUAACGAACUUUGGAGCGAAGACGAACAGGACGACGAACAGCCACAUAACAUCCUCAGGCGCCUCUUCGCAACCGGCAAAGCGCCCCGGGCUCCUCUCGAAUGCACCCAAGUCUAA